UUACAAUCUGAGCUUUUGACGAGAUUAAUAAUAACAUUUUAAAUCAGUGACAUCGGAUUAAUGUUUUUAGUUUUUUGUAACGUGACAUAGACAUAAACACAGUUUAUUUGCAGAUAAACCUGACAAGUUUUGAUAAACGAAUUAAGAAAUCGCCACGUUAAGAGACAUUGUCGGAGAUGCUGCUGCUCGAUACGGAAGAAACGGGAAAUGAAAUGCAAAUGGACAUGCAUGAUGCGAAACAAUCCAGUGACGAGACCGAACUCCACGAACAUGACAGCACAGAUAAGUCACAAAGCAUUGAUGGCGUCAGUCCAAAACGACACCUUGGCAGCAACAGUGGAUGGAAGUCGGACGACAGCGCGAGAAAGGCGGAGAACAGCCGGCGAUUCGCAUGCGAACAUUGUGAAAAAGUGUUCACUGAUCCGUCUAAUCUUCAACGUCAUAUAAGGUCGCAGCAUAUGGGCGCGAGAAGCCAUGCUUGUCCAGAAUGCGGCAAGACGUUCGCAACAUCAUCCGGCUUGAAGCAACACCAGCAUAUUCACUCCAGUGUGAAGCCAUUCCAAUGCGAAGUAUGCUUGAAGGCCUAUACUCAAUUCUCCAAUCUAUGUCGUCAUAAACGUAUGCAUGCUGACUGCAGGCAGCAAAUCAAAUGUUCCGACUGCGGACAAGCCUUUUCGACUAUCACGUCAUUGAGCAAACACAAACGCUUCUGCGAAGGUGCCCUCCGUAAUGGACUAACGAUGAACAUGGGCGCAGAUAUGAAACAGUCCAUGGCUUCAGGGUUCGGCUUUCAGACAUCAAGGUCAUUACCUUCAUUCGACCAUUCCUUAUACUUGAGACUGACUGGCAAUCGCACCGGAUAUCCAUAUCCUCAGAUCAACAGCGGCGGUGUCGGCAUUCCGUUCUCCAGCCAAAUGGGCAACUACAAGUAUCUACCUUCUCCGUAUAUGGCUGCGCCUCUUUCUAUUCACUCCAGCGGCAGUUCGAUGCUCAGCUAUAUGAGCGAUUUGCGAAAGGCUGAGGAGGAUAAUCAUGUUCGGAAGAAGCUGAAAACAAUUCAUGACAAGAGCGGAAGCGAUGGGGAAUCCGAAUUAAACCAUAGCUCCGAUGGUGACACUGACUACGAUGAAAAGAGACGAUUAAAUAGUUUUGAUAGCGACAAGACAGACGGGCAUGCAUUUACACCUCCACCUAAAUCAUCCACAAUCAGCAAAAUGGCUGAAAGGGAAGAAUGUUCUAUGAUACAAGAGCCAGUCAAACCAAAAAACACGAGUGACCAGCCGUUGGACUUGAGACGGGCAAGACCUGACGACGAACAGGAAGACAUUGUGCAGAGGCUUUAUCACAACCAAAAACUGUCAUCAGGAAAUAAGGUUUCUCCUGUUGCCAAGACAAUACCCGUGUCCCCAAAGGCGACUAAACCUACAAAAAUCAUUUCACCUAUUCCAACUCGCCCGGCAGUUGUUCCGCAGUAUCACCCCGCUUUCAGUACUGAGACUAGUUCACUAGAAAGAAUGAUAUCGGAGUCGACCAAACUGUCAACAUUCCCAGGUAUCCAGUACUUCAAUUCCAACUAUUCUAUCCCAUUAUCAAUCCAUAUUCCAUGCACCUUUCCCAGGGAACAACUAUGUCGCCAAUGCCGCCGUUCACUCAUCUGGGAAACUUCAGCGGAUUCGACUUACAAUAAUUUUCAGUUAUCUCAGUUCAUACACAAGCCGCGCGAUCGCUACAGCUGCAAGUUCUGUGGGAAGGUAUUUCCGCGCAGCGCAAACCUGACCAGACAUCUUCGAACCCACACUGGUGAGCAGCCGUACAAAUGUAAAUACUGCGAGAGAUCAUUCUCCAUAUCUUCCAACCUUCAGAGGCACGUACGUAACAUUCACAACAAAGAGAAACCGUUCAGGUGUCCGCUCUGUGAUCGAUGCUUUGGUCAGCAAACGAACCUUGACCGUCAUGUGAAGAAACACGAAACUGACGGACCGAACGUGAUUGACUCGCCUUCCCACGAAACUGACAGUGAUUACGAAAUGGAUGACGUGUUUGAAGAAAGUAACGGUACAUGUGAUAGUGAAGUGAACGACGAAGACGAGGAAAUUGACGUGUCUGAAAAUGACGAGUACGACAAUUUGACUUCUGCAGAUGAACUUGUUGAUGAACGGACACUGUUCCGACACUCUAAAAGGAAUGGGACAUGCUCUGCUAAUGAUGAUGGAACUGUUAUAUCGAACAAUAAAUGCAAUGCGACCGUAGUUGCACAACCAACCUGUUUAGCAGGUCUAAAUGUACCAACUUACACUGGGCCCUCACAACUUAUGUGUUCAACCUGAUUUAGUUACAGAACAAUUUGACACUAUGGUUUAUCGUGUACAUAAUUUUAAAAGUUUGAAUUUGUGCAUCCUUUCUUUGUAAUGUUAGUGGUAAGAAAUGAUUUGCAAUAUGCUAUGAUCUUCGUACUAUUGAGGGAAAUAUUUGUCUCCAUUUAAUCAAUAUAAUACUAUUUUUUAUAUUUUUUAUUUAUUUUCAAUCUCAUGUGCUAAUAAUAUUUGUCUUGUAAAUAAUCAUGUGUGUACUAUUAUAUAGGCUACAUGUGCCUUAUGUGCUCAUUUGUAUCAAUACUUCUUGCUAGAUUUGACUUAUAUGAUUGUGUGUUAUUUAUACAUUGUUCGUUUCAAUGACAUA